UGUACAUUGUCAUGUAUGUUACCAUUUGUUGUCGCAAGUUGGACAUUCACUUCUACAAGGCCUCGGGCAACACGUACAAGCGGACAUUCUUUGAAUUGCACUACAGACUGUGCGAUUUGCUCAACAAGGACACCUUCCUCGGAAGCUCCAUGAAGAGAGGAAGCUUUAAGGGGAAUUGCCCUUUUCCAUCUGGUAAAUACCACGUGGAGAAUAUCACGAUCCCUAUAGAAAAUGUGCCCGCCUCCCUACCGCUAAAGAAGGGCAGGAUCUGCGUGAAUAUUACUUAUGUGACCGGAGACAAAAUGGGCAGCGGCUACAUUGAUAUAGAAAUCAAAGAGAAGCACGUAAAAGGAGUAAAGUAAAACCA